AUGGCUGCAGAGGAGCAGCAGGAAGGCCAGGCUGUGGAGGAGGCUGAGCGGGCUGAGGGGCAGGAGCUGUGUGUGCUGCUGGGCCAGCCGGGGCGCUUCGCCUGCGCCGCGCUCUGCGGGCUCUCCCUGGCACGGCUCUUCCCUGAGAACCAGCAGAGCUCCUUCAGGACAGAAUUCAUCCAGGGCUUUGUGAAAUGGCUGGACCUGCCUGACACUGUCUUACCUGCCAUGGAAGCGUUUGCUAGUGGCUUAGGAAGUGAGGGCACGGAGACUUUUGCUGAGAUUUUGCUAAAAGAUCCCUCCUUGAAAGAAAAUCCAGCUGUCAUUACCCAAGACCUUCUGUCCUUCUCUCUCCGAGGUGGGUACUACGAUGCUCGGGCGAGGGUGUUGAUCUGCCACAUCACCUGGCUGCUGAGAAUCCCCCUGGAGCAGCUGGAAGUCCUGGAGGAGUCUCUGCUUGAGAGCCUGAAGGAACAAACAGAGAAAGAGUCAGAAACUGCAGAAGAGUCAAGAAGAAAGAAGGAAAGAAGGAAGAAGCUGAAGAGGUACCUGCUGAUCGGCUUGGCCACCGUCGGGGGCGGGACAGUGAUCGGCUUGACAGGGGGUCUUGCUGCCCCUCUGGUCGCUGCUGGGGCUGCUACUGUCAUUGGAAGUGCUGGAGCAGCUGCCCUGGGUUCCACGGCUGGGAUCGCUGUCAUGGCUUCUCUUUUUGGAGCAGCUGGAGCUGGUCUUACUGGAUACAAGAUGAAGAAGCGUGUGGGAGCCAUAGAGGAGUUUGAAUUCCUCCCACUUACUGAAGGAAAGCAGCUUCAUAUCACCAUAGCAAUUACUGGAUGGCUCUGUACUGGCAAAUAUGGGAGCUUCACUGCCCCGUGGAGCAGCUUGCUGCGCUCCAGCGAGCAGUACUGCCUGGCCUGGGAAUCCAGGUACCUCAUGGAGCUUGGCAACGCCUUGGACUCCCUGCUGAAUGGCUUCGUGAACAUGAUGGCUCAAGAAGCCCUAAAAUUCACUGUCUUGUCAGGCAUUGUGACAGCCUUGACCUGGCCAGCAUCACUCCUGGCUGUGGCCAGUGUCAUUGACAACCCCUGGGGAGUGUGUCUCCAUCGCUCUGCUGAGGUGGGCAAGCAGCUGGCACACGUCCUGCUCAGUGGACAGCAGGGCAAGCGACCUGUCACACUGAUUGGCUUCAGUCUGGGUGCAAGAGUCAUUUACUUCUGCCUGCAGGAAAUGGCUCAAGAAAAAGAUGCUCAGGGGAUCAUCGAAGACGUGAUCUUACUGGGAGCUCCAGUGGAAGGAGAAGCCAAGUACUGGAAAGCCAUCACCAAAGUGGUGUCAGGCAGGAUCAUCAAUGGUUAUUGCAGGGCAGACUGGCUGCUGGGCUUUGUGUACAGAACCUCCUCCGCCCAGAUCCACGUUGCAGGCCUCCAGCCCAUCGACCUGGAUGACAGGAGGAUGGUGAACAUGGACCUGUCAUUUGUAGUAAACGGCCACCUGGACUACAUGAAGCAAAUGGACACGAUCCUGCGGGCCGUGGGCGUCAGAACCAGGCAGC